AUGGCGACCGUUGCCCCGACACCGACACUCGCGCGCGUCGAGCGCGACUCGAUCGUCACCGUCCUGCAGACCAUCCCCGCCGAGACUCCGACAGGCGCGGCUGCGAAUAAGAAGGAGGGCCUCCCGGUGGCUCCCAUCGUCGGCGGCCUCGUUGGCGGCAUCGUUGGAGGGCUCCUGGUCGCUGGACUCGUCGUGUGGUUCAUCUCGAAGCGCAAAAAGAGAAAGGAGGCUGCCCGGAAAGCAUACAUGAAGAGGCAGGCGCGGUUACGGCAGUCAAAGCUCGGAUCCAAGACCCCAUCGUCGGGCCACUCUGCAACCAGCUCGCUCUCCUCGCACCAGCGUCUUACGAUCACGCCGACACCGAGUGAGAAGCUGAUCGACUUUAGCCAGCCGGCACCUGCGCCGAAUCGCCCACGAGCACCCUCGGCAACCUACUCGAGCCCGAAGAUCUACGACCGGUUCAUGUCUGAGAAGGGCUACGGCUACGAGCCCAAGCCGCUGGAUUACGUCGAUGCCGGGGGCGAGUACCUCGUCCAGGAGGCUUAUGAGUCAGAAACCCCAGCGGCGGAUGCUUCUCCCCGCCAAUUCGCGUCCAACAACCCCUUCAACACGAGCCCAACACGCGCCACCCCGAGUGCCAUGUCUCAGGUGUCCAACCAGUCCUUCUACACCGCCGGCAGUCGCCGCAGUUCGUCUGGAUCGUCUGGAUCUUCCGCCGGAAGGAUCUCCUUCACCGGCUCGCUGCAGUCUCCGUCUGUCCACUCUGCGGGAGUCAAGGCUGCAGUGCAACGCUCCCCUCCUACCGCCUUCUCUGCUACCGUCCCUCCCGGUUCCUCAGCACCCUCAGGUCACCAGCGCCGUCCAUCAAAGAUCAAGCGCAAGGAGCCUCCUCAGCUCCUCCCUCCGCUCGAUCUGUCCGCGCAGCUGCCGCAGGCAGAGGCCGUGGCGAACCCUCCCGCCGACCCCGCGAAGGCUGCUGCCCAGGCGAAGCGCAAAUCCCGUGUCGCCGAGCGCUCAGCUGCAGCUGACAAGGCGGCCGCCAAGGCUGCGACGCCGCUGCACGUGCGCUCAAAGCCCGCGCGCCCGUCGCCGCUCGCCAAGGCACAGCAGGAUCUGGACGAGAAUCCGUUCAACCGCCCCGGUCCGUCACCCCAGUCGUCAAUCUCGUCGCAGUCCAUGCUGUCGAUUGCGCCCAGCUUCGAGUCGGGCACGACGUCUGGCUACUCUCCCAGCGUCGCCGCCGCCGCGAACGACGCCGCGUCCGUCGGUGGCACGUACGGAAUAGCGCUUGGCUCGCCGACACACGACAAGCUCGACUUUAGCGCGCAGCAGGAGGCUGCGAUCCGCCAGGCGCAGGCGGCCAUGGAGGGCUACGACUCGGACUCUGCGCGCAACGACCGCACAAACUCGGGCCAGUACCACUACGACCCGUUUGCCGAGUAUCACAAGCCGACGGCCAACGGCGGCGCCGCCCCGCACAACGAGACGGUCGAGAGUCUCGUCGAGGAGCGCCAGGGUGCCGGCCGCAAGCUUAGCAAGUGGAUCUAG